AUGGCCAACACGUACAGCACAGAACCAAGCAUAAGUAAAUACUUUGCUAACGAUCCACCGAGCUGUUUCGAUAGCAUAACAGCUGACGAAGAUGGUCGCCCUCAGCAUGCAGUAGCCGAAGCGUACUUAACGUACGAUUACCUGGCAAACAGCUCGAUGGACCAGCAAGCGCAAACAAACAUUCCCGAUAGUGUACGAGAUCUGUGGGAACCGCCCAACACGGUUCCGGGCGGUCAACCGACCAAUCUCACCAUGCCGGGUGUGAGUGUUGCGACCGACCUGACGGACCCGGUGCAGGAUGCGGUAGGGUUGCUGGUGGACACGAACGAAGCACAACAGCGAAAGUUGCUGCUACCGGAUAACGUUACCCAGGACGAGCGAGGACUGCGGGAACUGAUCGAGAAUGGGUGCUUCCGGUCGGCUGUAAAUUUGACCGCACGCUUGCUAACGAUAAAGCAGCAAGGUUUCGGCCAUGCAGGGCAUCCGGUAAAGCAUAGCCCGAACUCGUUGCAGCUCUGGUUUACCCGGCUAGCGCUGUUGGUAAAGCUGGGCCAGUACGAAAUUGCACGCGUCGAAGCGGAACCAUUCGGUGCGCUAAGCAAUCCGGAUGUGUUUUACGAGUUUUAUCAUCCGGACAUGCAUGCCGAUCGCAAGGGCUCGAUGGCACCAUUCUCCUUCCGGCUGCUGCUUGCCGAACUGCCAGUUUAUCUUGGUGCGCCACGUGUUGCACUGAAUCGGUUGACGGAUUUGCUGGCUGUGGUAAACCAGAUCAGGUCGUACUUUGAACGUACCGCUGAUACUGUGGCACACGCAAAGGAAGCGCACGAGUUCUGGAGUACGCGCGAAACACGCAUUUUACAUUCCAUCGUUAAUUGUGCCCUUGCGGUGAAGGAUUUCGGACUGGUUGAGCAGCUAAUGGAACGUUUGGUCAGUGCUGCAGCGAUUCCGCAGAAACGAAUACUGCUAUCCGCGUGGGGACGGAUGCGGCUACAGUGUGGUGAUAUGUCGGGGGCAGAGAAAAAAUUCGCUGAAGCCCGUCGUCUUAAAGAGGAGAAAUGUUCCGAGGCGCCCGAUCUCAUCGACCGUGGAUUAUUGGCCGUCGCUCAGAACGAUUUCCAGAGUGCAUUUGAACUGUUCCAGAAGGCAUCCGCGGCAGUCCCGUCAAACACGAUGCUGUACAAUAAUAUGGGUGUGUGUUUGCUGUACUCGGGCAAGCUGAAGGAAGCGAUCAAGCUGUACGAAGAAGCAAUCCAACGUAACACGAAGUCCUGUUUGAACGAAUCGCUGCUCGUGAAUCUUUCCACACUGUACGAGCUGGAGUCGAACCAUGCGAAAGAGAAGAAAAUUAAUCUCUUGAAGCUGGUUAAUCGACAUCGGGCCGAUUUGACGGUUGGGUUGGACGUUUGUUUGAAGCUACAGACGACUGUUUAGAAGGGUUUUAUUUUACGAAAGCCUGUGUGGAG